AGGCUCAAGUAUUGAGCCCCUUCGGUGUGGCCGCUACUGAAAUAAUGCCAUGGGCUUCCCGACCAUGGUUUCAUAUCUUGCUGGGCCUGGGGAUCCGCUUCGUCUCCAGUGAAGGCACUUGGCCGUUUGGGCAUUGUGAGACGUCGGCAUGUCAGGAGCUUCCACCCGAGGAGCUGCAAGAUGUGGAUCCCAGCUUUCUGCAGGUGACCGCAUACAUGGGCACGCCAUUUGCGUAUCAUAGCAACGCCCUUCCCUUGUCCAGCGGGUCUCUUAGCACAAGCCACAAACUGAUGGAGGUGAACAAACGAAAGCCUCGAAACUCAAAGGUUGCAGCGCCUGACCUCCAUGAGCCCGUUGGAUUGAAUGGGCUGGGGCGCUUCAGCAGGAACCUUGCCAUUGGCAUUUUGCUGUGCCUUUCGCUGCUUUUCAUCUACUUUUGCGGUGCUGGGCUGCCUGAGAAACCACCGCAGGAUCCAAGCACAAGGCUUGGCUGUCCGCUCAGCUGGCUGGUUUUCAUGGGAGUCGUCUACACCUUGACCUUCUUCACUACGGAUCAGUCUCUUGCACAUGACAAAGUGCCUAUCUUUAUCGGAAGUUCCCCAGAAGUCCAUACCAGCAGCCUAGGAUACAUAGUUGUUCAACCCUGAGGCUUCCGUCGGUGAAGGAACCUGGCAUGGUCCUGUGCCAUACCCUUUCAUGAAAGAUGGGGCUGCUUGUUUGCGAUACUAUCAACAGCUUUCCGCACUUCACCAGAAUGUGGGGAGAAUAUCCCCAAGCAUUUUGCGCCUCAUGGAUCAUGCCACCCCAAAUCUGCAGCUCCAAGGUAUGCAUCUUGCCUUCCCCGAAUGGAGAUUGACCUCCAUGGAUCUCAGGCGCUGAUGAGUGCCACAAUACAGAUGAACUUUGUGGUGAAAGGUCUGUCGGGCCUCGUGGCCGCGAGCUUAUCAGAUCGCAUUGGCCGUCGGCCAGUGCUCCUGACCUGCCUUUUGCUGCUCUCUUUAGCUUCCCUCUGUUGCUUCAGUGCGGAUACGAUCGAGUGCUUCAUCGCUGCGCGGAUCCUGCAGGGCAUGGGCGAGUCUGCUGAGGCGGUGGUCUUUGCCAUGGUCCGAGACUACUUUCCCGAAAACCGUGAUCGCUAUGUGGUGGUGGCUGCCCUGCAGCUGAUGUCCACCGGCGGCAUGUCGGUGUCACCCGUGAUCGGUGGCUGGAUGGCGGAGACCCUUGGCUGGCGGAUCUCCUUCUUGACCUUGUCGGUGCUUUGGGGCUUCCUAGGGUGCUUUGCCUUUGCUAGAAUGGUUGAGAGCUGCCCUGAUGGGGAGAAAGACAGCUACUUCACUGGGAUCUCCCGGAUCUUCCGUUUCCGUUUGGUUUGCUUGCUAAUGACCGAGACCUGCAACAUGGCAGCCUUCAUGACAUUCUGGUCAAAUAUAAGCUAUCUUACUGAAGUAAGCUAUGGCCGCUCCGCAAUGACAUGUUCAGUGGCCAUGCUGACAUUUGGGGGCAUGAAUUUUCUUGGCUUAUUUGUGAUGGAACGUCUUCAGUUUGGCAGCGUGCUUCAAGCUGCCAAAAUAUCUGCAUCUCUCUAUGCUUCCACUGGGCUACUUCUCUUCAUCGUUGGAAGUUUCUUCUCAAAGCUUUUCUGGGCCUACUUGCUGGGCACCUUCUUGCAGGCCUUUUUUUCGAUUCUUGUGCUGGUGACGGUGAAUGUUUUAUUCAUGGAGCCCUUGCAGGAUUGCGCAGGCAUGGCUGCCUCAGUGGAGAUUUGUGCCAAGAGCAUUUUGCCUUCGAUCUAUGGCGUGCUCUCGACACAAACAUUGAUCCACUCAGGCCCUUGGGCCAUGAUCGACCUCCAGGCGGCUGCUCUGGUGGGUGCUGGGGUCUUCUUCUUCGGUAGUCUGGUGCCGUCCCAGGAAGCUCAUGAAGAUGCGCUGGAGACGCAGUGAGAGAAGAAAAGGUCCGCCGCAGGAGCGGACGGAGUCGACCUGGAGCGGAUGGGGUAGUUGUUGGACCGGCCGGGGAAGUUCUUGGACCUCCUCAGGUUAUGCUCUUGGAGCUGCCAGC